GAGAAGAGAAAAGAAACUCUCCUGCUGCAAGAAACCCCCUCAUUUUCUGUUAAGAUGGAUUCUAUUGUGGAAGGGUUGGAAGAGAAGGUUUCUGUUAAGAUGGAUUCUCCUGUAGAAGGUUUGAAAGAGAAGGUUUUUAUUGAGCUAGAAGAAUGCGCGUUCUCUACCUACGCAUUUCUCAUGGACAAUGAAAAAUCCAACCUUGAUAUCCUGAUUGACUCUGAUAGAGAAGAGUCGGACGUUUAUCAAGAUUUAAUUGGAGAUAGAUCUGGUAAACAGGUAGAGUCUCUGGGGGCAGCUGCAAACACAAGCGGAGGAGCUUCAGCUGCUAACACAGGCAGAGGAGCAGCAGCUCAAACACGAGAAGCUGCUGACAUUUGUGGAGAAGUGAUUAGACGCCCCAAACCCAAUAAAGAUGAGGAUGAAUCAGGAACCCUGAGCAAGAUGAACUCUCAUGAUCUUGCUGUUGAAGAUUCCCUGGAUCCUACAGAUGGAGGAUUUAUCAGUAUCCUGGUGGACUGUGAGGUUUCAAACAAGGAGAUUGAACAGAAGAACAGGAGGAUUAAAUCUCUUCUGAAGAAGACAGGGGCCAGGAUUUCGAAGAUACAUGGACAGAGACAUUACAAGCACCCAGAGCUAAAUUUACUGGAUGAUGUCAGAGGAGCAGAAGUGUACUGCUAUAACCUACCUGAUCUGUGUUUUGAAGAUGAGCUGGUUCCAUUCUUCUCUAAAGCUGGAACUAUUCAGAAACUAAGAAUUCUAGUUCAUUUCAGCGGAUUCACUAAGACCCACUGCUAUGUACGGUACACGAGAGUUGAAGAUGCAUAUAAAGCAGUGAAUACUCUCAACUCAGUGGAGAUUAGACCAGGGAAACCGGUUCUUUUGAAAAAAUCCCAGGACCGAGAUGAGCUCCUGGUUCUUGGUUUACUGGUUCCUCGCUCAGCAGAAUACUGGUUCUUUCUUAUCAGUAGAUAUUGCAAGAACCUUACUAAAGUUGCAGUUGUGACGUCACAGGAUAAUGUUGGUUACAACGUGAUACUACAUUUUAAAUCUCACCAGGAUGCCAGCCAGGCUAGAAGAGUGUUGGUUCCAUCACAAACUGAGAUAAGGCUCAAGAUGAACUGUAAGAGUGUGGAAUGGGGGUUCUUUAGGCGUUGGUUGGAGUUACUCUGAGCAAAGAGCCAAGACAUGAAAUGGGGCAGCAAUUGAUCAAGAAACCACCUAACCAUCUGUAUCCUAUCAGUUCCCGUUACCAAGCAUACACGAAUACAAAUUCGUAUCAGCAGUCACCAGUAUCCAGCCUAGGAUACAGUGCGGAUUCUCAAGGAUACAGGAUCAGUACUCCAGGGGAUUCAGAGCAGGGUUCACACCAGUACAAACUGAGCACCUUCUCCAGGUCCCAGAGCUAUACUACGGAUACUAAGGAGAACAGGAUGCCUGGAGAGUAUAGGAAGAUUAUCAAGAAACAGGAUCUCCCUGGAGAAGUUUUACUAAACGAUAAUCAUCAGGUUCCGCAGAUCUCGGGAGAACAGUUCUACUUCAAACAUUCUCAGAUCUAUCCCCAGAUAUCUUUUAACUUCACACGCAGACCUCCCCCAACUCAGAUUCCGUUAUGUAUAUCCCAGCGCACGGUUUUCCCACAGGUUCAAUCAAACCUUAUCCAGGUUCAAUCCCAGAUGACUCAGCACCAGCGGUCCGGUUAUGUACCGAGCUAUUUGACUCAAAACAAAUGCUAUGCUCCUGUUUCCAACUACACCCAAACCUUCUAUCAGAUGCCGAACAAUAGAACGCCUAUCCCAGUCGGCAAUACUCCGAGAGGACCCCAGACUCAAGAUCAAUCUUACUACCCCUACGGGCAGGAUCUGUCCUUGAUGGUUCACAGACAUGAUCCAUCCCACAUGUCGAGGAGGCAUCUCUCUACAGAGAUAUCCCCUUAGAAUUGUCUAGAAUUCACUAGAUUGAGCAGGGAAUAAAGAAUUCAAACCCAACCCUAGGUUCCAGUAAACCCUGGAGCUAUCAAUACUAAACCUGGCCGGAGAAGAUCUACAAAAAUAGCAUCAAUUGCUUCCAUGAUGAUAAACAAUAUAUGACCAUAUUUUUUAAUUUGUAUAACCAUGCAUCCACUGCAAUCAAUAAUCUAAAAUUAAUAGUAAUUUAAACCUAACAAAUGAUUGAAUAUGUACAUCAAUAGAAACCUAGAAUCAUAAAUGAAUAGACAUGAA